CAACCCCCAUCAUGUGGACCAUGAUCCAUUUAAGUCUUCAAUGUCUAGUUAAUGAAGAAAGGUAGGUGUUAAUGAGGUUAGGGAUGUUAAGAAGAGGACUGGGCAUUCGCUAUUGCCAGCCAGAAGAAAUGCAAGGCACAGGGCCUGGGAUAUAAUUUUGGCUUUUUCAAUAGAAUCCAAAUAGAUUAGAAUUAGCAUGUCUCUUUUAAAGUAUCAAACACGUCUGUGUUUAUUUUUUUAUUUUUUGAGAGCUGUGUCUGCUCUGGGAGCACUUAGGUCAUUGCCAAAAUAUGAACACGGAUGCACAGGGGAAGAAUACAGUGUGGAGAAAGAUGUAUUGGCAAAGCCCCUUGCUGCUGGAGUAAAACUGCCUCUCUGGGAAUGCAGUCUGCGUCUAUAUACAGUUUUCCAUCUUAUUUUUGAAACUGUAUCGGUCAAGAAAGACACUAAUUGCUAACAUUGCUUUUGGUAAAAAUCCAUGAUGUAGUAGAAAGAUCUGAGUCCUUUGCUGCUCCUAGAUUGCCAUGUCAAAGAACUGGUUUUGUUGUUGAGUUUUGUGACAUAGUCACCCAAGUAGCAGGAAUUAUUGUCAAGUCUUUUUUUUGUUGUUGUUACUUGAUGAUAUAUGCACUAUAUUGUCUCUGAAUUUGGUAGAUUUCUGAACCAUACUUCAUGGCAGUCUUACAGGUAGGCUUUUUUUCUUCUCUGGUUGUUAAACCCAUCUAAUCAUAGUAAAAGAAUAUUGGUAAGAAACGCAGAGCAUCCAAAAUCCUAGCCCAGGGAUUUUUAGAGGUUUUUUUAAAAAAUCGUAUCUCAGUAGCAUCUUACAAUUCAUCCCCAUUUAUGUUUAUGAUGGGACAGACAAUUCCCUUUGCACUUGGCAAUCAAAUCUUUCUGUGUGACCCAUACAGUUGCUUAUAAUCAGAAUAGUAUUAGAAAAGUUUAAUAUAUUUUGCACCAGUUGGUGUCAGUUAGCAAGAAACAAAAGGACCCAUUUAUUUCUUUUUACAAGCUGUCCUCUAUAUUAAAGGUAGUUCACAAUUAGUUUGGGGGCAGCUUUUGAAAUGAAAGUUGAGUGACCCACAGAGGUGUUCUUUCUGUACAAUGUUUUGUAUAAAAAAUAUGCACGGGUUUUUUUAAUAUGAGAGUAUCGCUCAUUUUUACUGUACUAAUAUCAGGGAUACACAUCCUAAUGAGCUUCAUGUUUUAACUGAAGGCACAGGGAUGUUGAAUUUUACUGCGUGAUGCUCUGAAUGAGAAGCAUUUAAUUAUGUCUGUUAGCGUAAUAUUCUGACUAUGCAAUGUGACCUGAAAUUACCCUUCUUGUUAAUUAAGUAAGGUGCACUUUAAGUAAUGUGGACAAGGAGAAAUAGCACCAAGCUGGUUUUAGCCUUCAGUCAUGAUGUAAUGCCUCAGACACUCCAGUUGCUCUUGCAUUAUCAGAACUAAUUGGAUGGUUCCCAAACCUCAGACUGAGUAAUACAAGUUUUUCUUCAUCUUUGUGUCUGGGUGCCUAAGACAAAAGAUCUGUUGUCCUCUUACUAGCUGUUUGCAAGCCUAAUGGGUUUUAAAUGGUAUUUUUUUUAACAUUUGAAGAGCAAUCUUUGCAGGGUUGUUAUUGGUGCUCAGGCAAACAAAGUGCUUGUUUAGUGAGCCAAAAGUGGGCAGCCAGCAUCAUCCUAUAAAUAAAGACUUGGCAGAGGAAAACUUAUUAAGGUUGUUUGUACACAUUCUCUUUUCCAGAUAUAGAUUGAGCGCUGCUGGACUCUGCCAAGUCCAUUCAUUGUUCCAAAUAGAAACUUCUUAUGGUGGUUUAGAAGCUUGUGCAUACCUCUCUUGAUUAAAUAUAUAAGAUAUCAUUUAUAGAUAAAAUACAUAAGAUAUCUAAAGUAUAUACUUGUAUUGUAAGUACUUCCCUCAGAAUGUGUCAAAAAUUACCAAAGAUGCUGCAUGUCUUAUUUAUGUGCUUUCUCAUAAUGCUCUUUAUUCAAUAGGAAUGUUUGUCAGGGCUCAAUGCAUUUAGCAUUGACAUGCAUUUAGCAGAAAGCUAGCUCUUUGGAAAAUUGUAUUUCAGUCGUUUGUAGGGCUCUCCUUACGAACACCUCAAGGACGCAAGUAAACCAUUAAAAAUACUGUAUUUCUCUUACCAUUCCCAGUGCAGUGGGACCCUCGCAUCAUUGCCGCAAAUCCCAAAACCUUGUCCGUAUGUUUCUCCCCCACAAAAAAGAAUCCGUCAUGGAGUUUUAACUUCUUCACCCUUUGAAAGUAUAUUGGCAUAUAUUUGGUUUGAAAAUGUGCUCCUGUGUGCUUGCCCCUCUUCGGGAUCUUGUUGGCCUCCUCUCCUGCCUACCCGUUAAGAUGGCAUUUUGCCCCAGUUCGCAGUGACGCUUGCUAAUGAAGUGAGUUUGGAUGGGUUGCACCCAUAGUGUUGGAUGUGACGACCUGGCAUUUGGAAAUGGGGAUAUUCCUCCAGUUUUCAUUUGGUCACACCUCUUGCCAAAUCUGUGUGAACCUUCCUGAACUACACAGGCAGAAAGAACAGAACUGUCUGAGAGGUUUAUGGCUGCGGAAAAAGGGAAUAAUUUUUUCAGCAGUAAAGCACUCAGAAUAUGUUAUUCACAAAUGCACAAACUUACAGAUUCCCUAGGUCAAAUUUGUCUUCUGGUGGACACUUGCAGCCCCUUUCUGGAGUUUAUAAAUGGCAGAACUGAAAAUAAGCCAGUGGCUUCUAGGAGCACCCAAGGCUGUGCAGCCUUCCUCUUUUUUACAAGUGAGCCAGAUGGCCGGGUCCAAAAUACAGCUUGUAUGAUUUCUUUGGAGGAGACAGCUAGGUAAUUGCAUCAUGCGGUAGUUCAUGAUAUUUUAUGACUUUGUAAUUAUUCUUUUCUUUCAGUAUAUAUUCUGUAUGCGGGAUUUAGACAAAAUAAUUAAUUUGAUUAUCCUAAGUCACCUUGUUAAGCAUGGAUGUUUACCCAUUUCUUAUUGUUAUUCAUUACUUGACACAGUAAUAAGGUGUAGGAUGGGAAGUUAAUUCGCUUCUAACUACCUAAAGUAAUUAAUUAGAACUCUGCUUUCCCCAGGUGUACCUGAAUUAACUCUCUCAUGUCACCUGGGGGUUAUAUUACAAUACUUUCGAAAAUUGCUCUUUCCCCAAAGUAUUAUUUUCUUGUAUUAUACAGUUUGGAAGGACUUUUUUUUUUUCCUUACAUUCACAUUUGGAUGACUUCAUAAUGUUACUAAACAUAAGAUAUUCUGGAAAUAGGAAGGUGUGGCAGGUUACAGUUAACAUCAUUUUUGUUGGUGCUGUUAAGAGUUUAAGAUUCCCAGUAGAAAUGUAAGUGCAUCAUACUUAGAGCAUAAGUGCUGAAGGUGGAGUUAUAGUAAGGCUUGUUGGCAGCUUCAGUAUCACAACAACGAUCUGUGCAAACUAGAUUUUUACAAGAAUGUUGGAUUUUAAAAGUAAAGACUGUUACAGUGUUAAAGUGACUGAGGAAAGUCACUUGGCCCUACCUCCUGCAAGCUACCAGCAACUGAAUACUCAAAAGUAUUAGGGAGUCUAGCUCUUGAAAGCCAUGACUGGGAUCUACUUUGGUGUUUGCUCUAGUCUGAAAUCAGCAAGAAUUACAGUUUUUGAGAAUACAGCUCUCAACAAAGUCCUUGCUUCUUCUUCUGUGGGCGCUUUUAGUCGUUCCCUUUGACUUCACUGGCCUUGGUAUUUCAGCACUGCAUUGUGGAAAUGGUGAGUGCUGGGAGUUGUGGACGUGAGCACUUCCAUGUCUGAUGAGUUCUUUUGCAGUUGUUUGGUAAACAAUGAAGGUUCUGUUGCUGAAGGAUCCCAAAGACAAAGAGUCAGGACCAGAUCCAUAUAUUAAAGAAUUAGGAUUAUAUGGAUUUGAAGCAACUUUGAUUCCAGUUUUGUCAUUUGAAUUCAUAUCUCUCGAAAGCUUAUUUGAAAAGCUCUCUCAUCCAGAAUGCUAUGGAGGCCUAGUUUUUACCAGUCCAAGAGCAUUAGAAGCCAUCAAGAUAUGUUUAAAAGAGAAUAGUAAAAAUGAAGCCUGGUCAAAAUCUCUUAAACAAAGAUGGAAUACCAAACCAGCCUAUGUGGUAGGAAAAGCUACAGCUUCUCUAGUGGAAGAAGUUGGCCUUACUCCACAAGGAGAAAAAUCUGGAAAUGCUGAAAAAUUAGCUGAAUAUAUUUGCUCAAGAGAGAAACCUAAUUCCUCAGCUCUUCUUUUUCCUUGUGGAGCCCUGAAGAGAGAAGUACUUCCUACGGUACUUAGAGAAAAAGGUAUACCUCUGGAAAGCCUUACUGUUUAUCAAACAACCCAACACACUGACCUGCAAGAAUCACUGAGCAGUUACUUCUCACAGCAGGGAAUUCCAGCAAGCGUCGUCUUCUUCAGUCCAUCUGGUGUCAAAUUUUGCCUCCAGCACAUUCAGAAGCUUUCGGGGGAUUUUAUCAACAAUAUCAAGUUUGCUGCUAUCGGCCCAACAACUGCUGAAGCCAUGGAAGCAGCAGGAGUCCCAGUGAGCUGUACUGCAGAGAGUCCGACUCCCCAAGCCCUCGCUGCUGGCAUCCAAAAAGCUCUUCACUUGCAGAACUGCAGUUUAUCCAAAUAAGAGCACAGCACGCAUUUGGAGGUCAACGUGGUGCUGUAGAAGGUUUUUCCCAUUUUUCAGACCUGUUGUCCUGCAAGGAAGUUUUUUUUUUCAGGAAUAUGCAACACUGUCCGUGUCAGGGCCUGGCCUGAGAAGCUUGCGUCUAAGUAGCCAGGAAAUCUAGAAUUUGUCCAGCAUCUCUUAAAGCCUCUAGCUAUUCCCCUUUCCUCAUGUGUGCAGUGUAAAUAUUUUACAUGGGCAUUCCUCGAAAACCGGUUGCGAGAGGCAAUCUACAUCAGUAAUCUACAUCAGAGUAGUACGAGUGAAGUAAGGUCAGCGUAUCACCUCAGGUAUCUCCUAGCACACCAGGGAAGGUUUUCAUUUCUCUGUAUAAUCCGUGUCACAUGCACAUCUUCCUUUGUAGAAGAAAAGGAUACUUAGAGUGAAGUAUUUUCUGUUGUAAAGCUUCCUUGUUCGUUGUUCUGCUUUUCAAAUAUUUAUAUGAAAAUAAAGAUUGUAGAUUCGCAACUUCUCCGUGAAGUUGCACUGUGUGGAGCCAAUAGCAGGUCAGCUAUUCCCACUAAGUAGCCUCACAGUACAGGGUGUUAAAAAUGAGGUUUUGGUUUCUGUUCCUGUAAUGAAGGAGGAUUUAUUAACAGAGAAAUAAACUGGCUUAUCAUUGUUGAUAAUGGUGUUAGUUGUCUGUUUUGGAUGCGGUUUAUGCUCUAUUUGUUUACCUGUGAAAGGAGCAAAAGUAAUUGUAUUUAGCACUAAUGCUACCUUUGCUAAGGCCACGAAAUUCGUAAAAGAUUUAAAUCAAUUAUAAUCCUCAGGGAAGUCAUUCAUGGCGUUAGUACAGCGCUGAGGUUCAGAGAGUAACAGAGAAAUCCUCAUUUGCCCUAAGUUUCUGGUAGCUUAAUUCUGAGUAUACGACCUGAAUUUCCAAUUAGGCGAGAUGCUGCCUACCUGGAGUAAGAGUUGAUCUGAGGCCAGU